GCGGCGGCCUCUCCACGUCGAAACACAGAAAUGGCAGGAGGUGUUAAGAAGAAGUCCCCUGCGUCUCCGUCUCCUGUGCUGGGGGCACUUCGCACAUUAUGGCAGGAGAAGCAUUUGAUCGUGUUCAAAGCGGAGUAUACGAUACUGGUCGCUUCGGUGCUUUGGAUUUUAGAAAUCGGAAUCAACAUAUGGGUCAUACAAAAAGUUGCAUACACAGAGAUUGAUUGGAAAGCCUACAUGGACGAGGUAGAGGGAGUGAUCAAUGGCACCUACGACUACACCCAGCUUAAAGGAGACACAGGACCCUUGGUGUACCCAGCUGGGUUUGUGUACAUCUUUACGGCCCUCUACUACAUCACCAGCCAUGGGGUGAACAUCCGCCUGGCCCAGUACAUAUUUGCUGCCUUCUACCUGCUGACUCUGCUACUGGUGUUUCGCAUAUAUCAGCGCACUAAGAAGGUUCCACCGUACGUGUUCUUCUUCGUGUGCUGUGCCUCUUACCGGAUCCACUCCAUCUUUGUGCUGCGGCUCUUCAACGACCCGGUGGCCAUGAUGCUGCUUUUCGGGGCUGUCAACCUGUUCCUGGAUGGACGCUGGACUCUGGGCUGUGCCCUCUACAGUUUAGCAGUGUCUGUGAAGAUGAACGUGCUGCUCUUCGCCCCUGGUCUCCUCUUCCUCCUCCUGUCUGAGUACGGCCUUGUGAAGACCAUCCCCAAACUCUCUCUAUGUGCAGCCAUCCAGCUGUUUCUGGCCCUGCCCUUCCUGAUGGAAAACCCCAGCGGCUACGUAAGCCGAGCCUUCGACUUGGGCCGGCAGUUCCUGUUCAGGUGGACGGUCAACUGGCGUUUCCUGCCAGAGUGGCUGUUCCUGAGCCGCUACUUCCACCUGGUCCUGCUGGGGGCGCAUCUGAUCACCUUGCUGCUGUUCGCUCUGAGGCGCUGGAAGAGGCCUGGAGAGAGCAUUCUAGAACUGCUGAAGGAGCCAGGCAAGAGGAUCGUCCCUGCUCAGAAACUCACGGCUGAUCAGAUGGUACUGGUCCUGUUCACCUCUAACUUCAUCGGCAUGUGCUUCAGCCGCUCUCUGCACUACCAGUUCUACGUGUGGUACUUCCACACGCUGCCGUACCUGCUCUGGAGCGGAGGAGUCAAGAAGCUGGCUCACCUGCUUAGGGUUCUGAUACUGGGUCUCAUCGAGCUGUCCUGGAACACCUACCCCUCCACUGACUACAGCUCAGCAGCCCUCCACGUGUGUCACCUCAUCAUCCUGCUCUGCCUCUGGCUAGCCCCAACCCCUCCAGCCCAGACCGAGAGCGCUAGCGAGGGAGAGAAGGCCAAGCGCCAGUGAGCCCCCAGACACUCUCCAGACCCACCUGUUGUGGGCUUUGACCAACCACCUCCUCUCCCAGGCCUCCACGCCUGACCUCGCCUCUCCCUGAGGAGGUCACGGUGGCUGACUCUUGUCUUAAAGGCUGCUAGCUUAUGUGCUAUGCUAGCUAGCCACCUCAUUAGCGCUGUGCUAAGGUAAUGUGUGGAGGGAACUGGCUUGGGAGAGUUGAAACAAAGACUUAGUCGUCGUGGUUUUCAGGUGACUUUGUUGGGUAGGAAGAGGUGGAAAAUGGUAACGAUUCUCAGGAUUCAUGUUUUGUCAGAUGGAUGAAUUAAUGAAUGAAUUCAUUUGUCAGCUAAAUAAUGGUUAGAAGUGUGUCUGUUUGUUAGUGGAGUAAUGUUUUUGCUGUGGUGUGUAGAUUUCUUAACAAAGGAUUUGUUAAACUACCUUUUGCUCAUGAAUUGUCUUGUUGAGUAAUUGUCAAUGGUCCAGUAGACUACGGUAUGUUUUUUUACUGUUUGGUCUUUCCAGAUAUUAAGGAAUAUCAACUCUUCCAGUAUUUAAUGAUAAAACACGUUCAAAUUA